UCUGUCAAUGUGGCUGGGGUCAUAGUUUACAUCGACAUCAGAUGCUCAGGAUGAGCUUUCCCACCGUUCUCAUCUGUGCUCUCAUCUUGUCCUGCUUUUGUUCCAGAGUCUCAAGUUUGGAUGAGAAGAUAUCUGUGAUUCAGAGUCCAGACAACAUUGCUGUGACUGAGGGAGAAUCUGCUAAUAUAACCUGCUGCUGGACUACAAUGACAAAGGAAAUAUUUAAUGUUAAAGUUGGUUGGUUCAAGAAUGAAACUAGAGUUUCAGCAGAAAACCGUCUCUACCAAAAGUCUCCAUCACAGAAUUGUUCUACUCUACACAUCACGCACAUAACUCCUAAUGAUGCAGGAGAAUAUAUGUGUAAAGUGACCCAAGACAUCCCAAUCCUGCGUGAAUACAAUGGGAGUAAAACACAUUUAACUGUCAUCCAAAUUCAUGUCACAACUGAAGACAGUGUUCUUAUCAUUUCCGAUACAUCUUCUAUGGUCCCAGUAACCAUCUGUGUCCCAACAGUCAAAAAGCCUCAAAUUAUCCAGACGGUUACUAAGUCAAAGACAAAUCCAAAAGAUGAGACCGCUUUGGAUGGACAUUCUGUGGAUUCUUCAAAUGAAAGCGGUGAUUUGCAGGACAUUGUGUUCAUUUACAUUUUUAGAUGUUUGCCCUUCCUUACUCUGCUGGUGGCAUUCUUUUAUCUGAACAGAGAUGAUAAAAGAGCCAUCCCAUCAAAAACAGCAGAUAAACCUUCUAAACCAUUAGAACAACCAGAGGAAGAUCUAGAAUCAGGAAAUAAAUGCAGAAAUGACACUGAAAGUGUGAAACAGGGAGAGAGAGAAACUGCAGAGAAACCUGAAGAUGAAAAAGACAAACAGGAGGAAGAAAACGAGCCGGUCGUGCUUUUGGACACAGAAGACGUGAUGGUUAUUCGUGACAGUGAAGAAGGUGCAGCUUCUCUUGUGAACAGCAUUGUAGCAACUGGUUUAUCAGAUCUGUGAUGUCACUUCCUGUAUGCUUGGUUGCAGUUUGUUGUAUUGUAAUACUCAAACUGAUGUAAAUAUUAUUCAAUUUAUUUAAUAA